AUGGCCGCCGAGGCGAAGUACCAAGCCUCCGAAGAGAAGUACCAGGCCUCUGAGGCCGAACAACGGGUGCUCCAAGAGAAGGUCGGAGCAUCUGAUGAAAGGAUUCGAGCUCUGACCGCCGAGCUCGAUGAAGAGAAGGGCGCGCACGCAUUGGCAAGGUCCGAGCUGCGCGUCGCGGAGGCUCGAUUGGCUAAGGCCGAGCAGGCGUUGGCCUCCCGCGAGCAGGAGGUGGGAGAUGCCCGCCUCCGACAUUCGGAGCUCGAGCAGGAGCUGAGGGGCCUCGAGCGGAGAGCCGCUUACCACGAGGCCCGGGAGAUAGAGGCCCGGGAGAACGCCCAAAACGCAGUGAAGCUCUUCCGGAGGGCGGAAACAGAGGCAGAAACUCCGGAGGCGGAGGCAGAAACUCCGGGGGCCGAGGCGGCCGUAGCUGUCCCCGAAGUGACCGAGGUCGCCCCCGAGGCUACUCCUAUUGCUGCCGAGGCCAUCGAAGAGGUACCGGCAGCCGGGCCAACCACUCCUGGUACUGCCGAAGCCGAGGUGGUCGAGCUCGAGCCUUCGAUGUAA